AGGAAGAGUAAGGAAAACGAGCGGGAGCAGCGUAUACUUGCAAGCAAAGUGGAGCAAAUAAAGGCACGGAACAAAAGGAAAACCGUCUUUUCUUUCUCUCUCUUCCAUUCUUUAAUUUCUUUUACACAAUUCAAUUGAUUCCUCUCUGCAACUAAUAAGAAAACAAUACAUAAUUAAUAACUGAAAAAAAAAAAAACCGAAGCUGUUGUUUCCAUUGGCGAUCUUUGUUGGAGAAAUGGAUGAUGAUGUUGUUCAGCGAGUUUUCCAAGAAGGAGGUCGCGAUUAUUUCCAACAACCGCCUUCCACGUCUUCGUCCUCCUCCUCCAUCCUUCAAUCCCUCCCUCUCCAUGUGUCUUUUGAUCAUGGAUAUUACUUGUUAGUAAAAUCUAUUCAAGAACUUAGAGCGAAAAAAGAGGGUGUUGUUACUGUUGGCAUUGGUGGUCCUAGUGGUUCGGGCAAAACAAGCUUAGCAGAGAAGGUAGCAUCUGUAAUUGGCUGCACUGUUAUAUCAAUGGAAAAUUAUCGCGAUGGAGGUGAUGAUGGGAAUGAUUUGGAUUCAAUUGAUUUUGAUGCAUUAGUCCAAAAUCUUGAGGAUUUGAUUAAAGGUAAUGACACUUCAAUACCAGUUUUUGAUUAUGAACAAAAGGGUCGUGUUGGUUCAAAGGCAAUAAAGAGUGCUUCAUCUGGAGUGGUAAUAGUUGAUGGUACCUAUGCUUUGCAUGCAAGAUUACGCUCUUUGCUGGAUAUUCGUGUGGCUGUGGUUGGUGGAGUUCAUUUUAGUCUUCUUACCAAAGUUCGACAUGACAUAGGAGAUUCUUGUUCAUUGGAUUACCUUAUAGACAGCAUUUUCCCAUUGUUUAGAAAACACAUUGAGCCAGACCUUCACCAUGCACAGAUUAGGAUAAACAACAGCUUCGUCUCUUCAUUUAGAGAAGCAAUUUACAAGCUGAAGUGCAUGAGUGAGUCUUCAGAUUUAACUGCUUAUGACUUUCAAGGAACAAAACCACAAACAGAAAAUUUUAUUGAGAUGUACCUUAGGGCUCCUUCAGCAAGUGAAGCAGCACAAAUCAACGAUUGGAUUAAAGUGCGGCAAUCUGGUAUUAGAUACUAUCUGUCACUUGGUGAUCAGAGGAUUGUUGACAAACAUUUUAUUAUCAGGCCAAAAGCUGAGUUUGAGGUUGGAAGAAUGACACUUGGUGGUUUGUUGGAUUUGGGGUACACUGUUGUAGUCAGUUAUAAACGGCAAUCUACUUUUGUUACUAAUGGCAAUCUUUCAUUAUCAUUGGAAAGCAUUGACACCCUUGGUGAGACAUUUAUGGUGCUCAGGGGAAUGACUAGGAAAACUGUUGGAGCAGAGGCAUUGAGGAUGGGCAUUAAUGGGCCAUGGAUCUCCCAGUCAUAUCUGGAACUGAUUCUUGAGAGAAAAGCUGUACCACGACUGAGUACACCUCCACCUUUGUCUAAUACAUCCAUUGCUAGUAAUCAAAUUACUGCCCCGAGACCUAUCCGUACUACUUCAAAUAUUGUUAAUCAGCUUGAGGGUCUACCGCAACCAUGGACUCGAUCCCCAACAAAACAGCAAAGGGAGCCUUUUGUAGCAACAUGGCAGUUCACAUCAUCAGAUCCAUCACAUACUGGAAGCUCGGUUGUAGAUCCUUCCUCUUUCAGGGAUAAUAUGGAACUUGUUCCAAUGCCUGAUUCAUAUGACUUGGAUAGAGGACUACUACUUGCGGUUCAAGCGAUACAGGCUUUGUUGGAGAACAAAGGCCCUCCUGUCAUAGUUGGAAUUGGAGGUCCCAGUGGAUCUGGGAAAACUAGCCUGGCUCAUAAAAUGGCAAAUAUUGUUGGCUGUGAAGUAGUUUCCCUUGAAAGCUAUUUUUUAUCUGAGCAAGUUAAGGAUUUCAAGCAUGAUGAUUUUCGGUCUCUUGAUCUAUCCUUGCUUGCUAAGAAUAUUGACGACACAAGGAAUGGUAGAAGAACUAAAGUGCCUGUGUUUGAUUUGGAGACUGGUGCUCGCAGUGGCUUCAAGGAACUUGAAGUUCCUGAAGACUGUGGCGUGAUUAUUUUUGAAGGGGUCUAUGCUCUGCAUCCAGACAUUCGGAAAUCUCUUGACUUGUGGAUUGCUGUUGUUGGGGGUGUUCAUUCGCAUCUGAUUUCUCGGGUUCAAAGGGACAAAAGUAGAGUUGGGUGCUUUAUGUCCCAAAAAGAGAUCAUGAUGACAGUGUUUCCGAUGUUCCAACAACAUAUUGAACCGCAUCUUGUUCAUGCACAUCUCAAAAUUCGCAAUGACUUUGACCCUGUGCUUUCCCCUGAGAGUUCAUUAUUUGUUUUGAAGAGUAACAAGCAAGUGGCUUACCAAGAUAUUCUAAAAAUCCUCGAUCCGGCAAAGUAUUGCAGAGCAACUCAGAAUUUCACUGAUAUAUACUUGAGGCUCCCUGGAAUUCCUGUUAAUGGAGAGUUGACAGAGAAUGACUGUAUACGUGUCAGAAUUUGUGAGGGUAGAUUUGCGUUGCUGAUACGGGAGCCUAUAAGAGAAGGGGAUUUCAUCAUUCAGCCUAAAGUGGAUUUCGAUAUUAGCAUUAGUACUGUUGCUGGUCUUCUUAACCUUGGGUAUCAAGCUGUAGCCUACAUUGAAGCUUCUGCAUUUAUCCACCAAGAUGGGAAGAUUCUCAUUGAGGUCGAUCAUCUACAAGAUAUCCCUAGUCCUUAUAUACAGAUCAAAGGUGUUAAUAAGGAUGCUGUGGCGACUGCUGGUUCAACACUUAAACUGGAUGGUUCAUAUACAACAAAGAGUUAUCUGCAAAUCAUUUUGGAGAGAUUACCGGCAAUGGGAACUAGUUCCAGUGGAAUUCACUCUCAGCAAACUGCAAAACUGCAGGAACUUGUUGAGUUUAUACAAUCUCAGGGCAACAACUCAGCUUCAGAGUCCUCCCCAUGUAGGGAAGCUACCCCUAUAGGAGGCAUAAUCGAGGAUAUGCAGUCCCGAAUCAAGAGGCUGGAAAGAUGGCAGACGAUCAACUCGGUUUUAUGGACCUUUCUGAUGUCUGCUCUUGUUGGUUAUUCCCUUUAUCAAAGGCAACGCCAAUGAACAUUUUUUAUAAUGUAAUGCUUUAUCUUUUCCAAAGAAAGGUUCAGUUCUACUGCCCCAGGGCCCUCCACAGGUUACAUGGGCAAAUCAGCGGCAAUAUUGAGUCUAACAGGGAACUUCUAACAGAAUUGAUUGGCGAUCAAUUUUCCACUAUUUUUCUUGAAUUACUAGAAAACAAAGCGUAUUGUUUAGUUUAGUUAUCCCCUUCUGUAAAUAUUUUACUUGGGAUGAGUAUGAAAUAGCUGAUUAUGUAGAACUACUCCAUAACUGAUUAUUGAUUACAUAAAGCUUUUUUCUUUUUUUUUUU